GCCGGUGAUGUGAUCCGUUCGUCGAUUCUAUCUCUUGCAGCUGUUGACAGCCGCGAACCAAUUCGCUUCCCCACCACGCGCCGUCUCUCUCCCUACACGCUCUCACUUCCCACCGCAUCCUACUUCCCCCUCCAAACUAGUUGACCUUCGCGAUCGCCAUUGACAGUAUCCCGUAUCGGUCGCCAAGGACCUCGCGAUACUAGAACUAUACUAUACCAUGGAGAACGAGAUCCCUCUACCUCCCCCGCCUCGCAUCCGCCACCGCUCUCCGGCGAAUGCGCCCCACGCCUCAUCUGGCGCCGGCACUUUUCGCAAGACGUACCAGCUGUCGCGAUUCGACGACCGUUCCAGCCAGCCCUCUAGCGACCCCGCGUUAUUCUCAAGUGAUGAUAUUCCUGCCUCCGGCCUAGAGAAUUACAAUGCUCCCGUGCCAUCGGGGAGUCGGAAACGACGAUACCGGGGCACGUGGUGGGGGGAGAUGGUGAAGGAUCCGAAGCGAAAGCGGGCGGAUUUCAAAGACAAGCGCAUGGUUGAUAGUGGAGUGUGGAUGGGCAGUGACGAGUCCGGUGCCGAUUCGCUGCUGCCCUCGGAGGAUGCCUCGACUUGGGGUGAGGAUUUGUUGAAAGAGACGAAGAACUCUGGCGUGAGAUUCAGACCUCAGGGGCACAUGAUCACACAGCAGCGACCCGUCUUCCAAAGGUCGGAAGAGUCGAGGGAACACCAGCUGGCGCGGGCUAUUGUCAACGAUUGCUUGGAAAAAGGGCAAGACAGUGUUGACCUAAGUAGUGGAAAUUUGCGCACAGUUCCCUGGGGCUUGUUGCGACCCCUGCAACAUCUUACGAAGCUGCCGACGGUCAAGGAGCCCCCGAUCUCCGAAGAAGUGUACAGCUCACUGGAACCCUUUCUACGCCUGUUUCUGGCGGGCAACUCCCUUACCGCUAUCUCCGGCGAGCUGUUUGAGCUGGGUUCGCUGAGAGUACUCAGCCUGCGCAAUAACAAGCUCACCGAGAUCCCGCCGGCGAUCAGGAAAUUGACUAUGCUGCAGGAGGUCAACCUUUCGGUCAACCGCCUGCAGUGUCUUCCCUGGGAAUUUCUCUGGCUGAUCAAGAAAGGCGAUCUGAAGCAUCUGACGGUCCGGCCCAAUCCCCUCCUGCAGAUCGAAGACGCCGACAUUGCCCAAUGGCAUUCGCCAGAAGGCACAGACCCAGACUCGCCAGAAGGAGCCCUGAAGCUCUGCGAGUAUGAAGGACCCGCCCCGGAAGAAGCUUGGGCCCCAAUCCAUGUUGCUACCGGGUGCGUUCGUCGAUUCAAUAUGGAGGGGAAGCCCGUCGGAGAGGACCAAACCAACAUGUAUAUGAAUAGACCGACCGAGCCGGAGUCCGAGUCCAGGGUGCCAUCUCUCCGUGAAGUGUCUCUUGUCUCUUUCAACAAGUCGCCGUACUUUGAUCAGAUCCCAGAUUCGGAGAUGGAAGACUACCCCGAACUCAUCUUGCGGCUACUCCGGCGGGCGAGGGCUGUCCGAGACGGCGGCGGGCGGUCAUGCACAGUGUGUCACCGGAGUUUCGUGAUCGCCCGCACAGAAUGGAUCGAAUGGUGGGAUUGCAGCACGUAUGAGAACGGACUGAAGGGGCCGCGGUGUCCGGGCGAGAAACUCCGCCCUCUCCCCUUCCGCCGAUUGGGGUGCAGCCCGCUGUGUGUUCCUGCAGCGGAGGAUUUCCAACCAGACGCACCGGACCCUCGAUCGGUGGGUGCAGAGCGGUAGUCGACAUGGAAAUUGGUGACUGUACAGAUGCAUCUGGCGUGGGUAUAACAUGUUUUGUUUCCAGUAUAUUGACUCACUGGGUUUGUGACUUGUAUGUUUUAGAUCUUGUAUGAUAACCACUUCAUGCAUAUAGACUUAGCUAUCAUAUUUAAUCAUGACAUGUCCGAG